CAAUGAGACGGAGACAAUAUUUACAGGAAAGUAGAAAAGGUGUGCGUGGAAGAUGUCUUCGCUGAGCGCAUUAAGCACGUCUAUCGAUAGUAUUAAAAGAGCAAUAGAUGCUAUUAAAGAUUUUCUCAGCAUCUCUCUAUGCAUUGCUAAUGCCCAUACGGUCGACUUUUACACCCGCGAUUUGUGGAACGAGUUAGUUGCCGUGCCGGCUGACAGUGUUUUAUCAGUUAUUAUUGAUUCCACUGGCCAGAGGAGGGCGCCAGCCGGGAGGCACAGGGGUUGCUACGGCUUCAGUAGCGAGACCGGGCGCUUGGAGGAUGUGGAGGCUCUUCUGGACGCAGCCAGGGCACACUCUCUUCCUGCGCUUAGAGUCUCUGUGCCCCUGCCAGAGUUAUUGAAGGCUUUACCUGUGCAAAGUGACUCUGCCCUGCCUGCGAAAGGUGUGACGCUGGAGCCGGAUGAGUUUAUGAACUCCAAGAAGUCUCACGAGGUUCAGACCAUGUCUGGAGUUGUGGCCGGUCUGGCCGGCUGCUGCUGUGCCCGACAGGUCAUAGACGUCGGCUCUGGAAAGGGCUACCUAUGCUCCUUCCUAUCCAUGCAGUACGGCCUCAAGGUGUUCGGCAUCGACGCCUCCAGCACAAACACCCACGGGGCCUGGGAGAGGAACAGGAAGCUGAAGAAGUACUCUAAGGCCUAUCAGAGGCACGGCCGCCGGAGAGCCUUGGCCUCCGUGCCCAGCAGCGGAACCGGAGAUGAGGCCCAGGAGGAGGAGAACAUCCUGUCAGCUGGGAGCGGCCCGGAGGUCAUCUUGGGCGGAUCGCAGCCGGAAGCCUUCGGCCUCGGCCCGGAGGACCCAUUCUUGGGCCUCCUCUCUCCAGAGGCUGUGGAGCCCCCCAUGUCCCGUGUGCCCCCCUGUGAGCUGACCAAUGAGGAGAGGGAGAGGAGGAAGCGAAAAAACCUGGAGAGGAAGGCGCAGAGCGCGAAGGACGACAGCCUUUACUCCCCCCUGACCUCAUACGUCACUGCGGAAACAGAGCUGCGAGACAUUAUCACAGACCUGCAGGACGCGGUUGUCGUCGGCCUGCACACAUGCGGCGACCUGGCGCCCAGCACUCUGCGCAUGUUUGUGGCCAAACGGGAGCUGCGAGCGCUGUGCAGCGUGUCGUGUUGUUACCAUCUCUUAUCAGAAGAGUUCGAUCACCCCGCCGGAGACGGCCCGACUGGGGGCUGGGGAUUCCCCAUGAGCCGGCACUUAAGAGACCAGCGGUGGUGUUGUGGCAGAAACGCCAGGAUGUCUGCUUGCCUGGCCUUGGAGCGUGUCUCAGCGGGACAGGGGCUUCCCAGUGAAUCCUUGUUUUUUCGGGCCAUCCUUCACGUUAUUCUCCGGGAUUACUAUGAUGCGUUUAAGAGUGAAAAGCGUGUGGGGAACGUGUUCUCCAAAGCCACCUCGUUUGUGGACUAUGUCCGAAGAGCCCUAAAGAAGCUGGAACUCGAUGACUCAAAGCUGUCUGACAGCCUGAUCCAAAGUUACCACGAGAAAUAUCUGCCAAGGAAGAAGGAGAUGGAAGCCUUCAACAUGUUAAAGGUGUCCUUGGCUCCUUGCAUCGAGGGUCUGAUCCUCCUGGACCGUCUCUGCUACCUGAAGGAACAGGUAAUGUCCACACCACAUGAUACAGGUGUGAUGGAUGGCGCCCGCCUGUUAGCGAUUAAGGGUCCUCUCCACUCUUCCCCCAAUAGCUUUGGCCUGUCAGUCACACUUAUUGUGAACAAUGAGUUCCUGGUUGUUGCCUGCUAAUGGAGCCCCUUCACUUACAGAAGGAGGAGCUUCAUUUAAGGCCUGAUCGUAGCAUCCUGCCACGUAGAUUCUCAAAAAUUGUAGACACGAUCCCACCAGCCCUAGCUGAGCUGUAAUGACUCUCCUCUCUCUCCUCUCUCUCCUCUCUCUCCUCUCCCUGGACAAACAGCAUGACGGCCUCUUGGAAAGUUUCACACAUGGCGAUCAGCUGUUUUCAUAUUGUACCAAAAUACCCUUCAGCCCAGAUGCUGUUUGCUCUCAUCUAACAAUCUAAAUUAAUUCAUUCUUUUUCUCUUUUGUGCUGAGUAUCUGGUGACAUUAUGUACGGUCAGAUGUUGAGCACACAUCUUCCGUUGUGUUUUUGUGUUCAAAGGAAGUCGGGAAUAGCUGGCAUGUGUUCCCAUUUCCGCGUUUUAGGUAAAGGGACACCUGCCGGUGAAGGUGUAGACCAUCUGUGGAGAGCAGAUGUUUCUGAACUGCCAUGUCUUUGAUAAAUUAACACUACAUGAGUAAAAAUAGGAAAAGCAGAUAUGGAAACAGCACUGAAGUUUAGAAUUAUUCACUACUUGUGCUUAUAUUGUCUUACUGGGUUAAUGGUGCAGUUGGGUCAUUAAAGCCACAAUCCUGUAGUUUCUGAAAUGGUUCCCAUUGAAACACCUUCUGACUUGCAUAAUUGUCUGGAUGAAAGAUCCAUCCAGCUUCUAACUGAGUCUCGCUGGACCGUGGGGCUCCAGCUAGUCUCACUCUUUCUGCUGCUUCACGAAGCCCUUCAGGAUCAAACUCAUGUUUGAAUGGCCGUCUCUGCUCUCCAUCAAGCCUCGGGGUUCCCCCAUAGGGGCCUGCUUAUGUAAGGAGAACUCCCAUAAUCCCACAAAUGAGAGAUGGGUGCCAUCACGCUGCAUCAUCACGCUGCAGUUUAUCACUUAACCAUCACUGGAGCAUUGCCGUUUACUCCAUCAUCUCUGCCAGUAUCAGGCUACCAUGUAGGUUUGGGUUUCCCAGCCUUUUGACGUCCUUUGCACUGGUUUACGUCACACAAGAAUUUCACAGAACUUUAAAACAGAGGCAGACCAUUUUCAUGACUUUAACUAUUUACAGGAUGCUUGAACGUGAGUGGUAAUAAAAAAUAUUAAAUAUUGAGUUUAUUUUUGGAAAUUAAAUUUACCAUCCCCUCCGCCAAACUCCAAGCACUCCACAGCCCAGUGGAACACUGGCCACGGAUCAGGACCGGUUUUUGGACCGGAGGUUGAAAACCUCUACUUGAGGCUGCCUAGGAUGCCAUUUUUUGAGGGGGCGUCAACUUAGCGAGCCACUUUAACUUUAUCUCUGUCGUGAAGCUCGCCUAGGGAGAGGGAAAUUCGAGAAUAAAAAAAAAAAAGCCAAAUCUUUUUUUAACCUCUGCCUUCAGUGUCUCCACCUGCUUCCAUUAUUUCCACAAGAAGGCAUUUUAAACAUUUUUAGUCCUGUAUUUUUAUGGUCUGCUGUCAUGUCAUUUAACAUCAGUUAUAUCAGUUAAAGUAGGCGUUGCAUGUUUUUAGUCUUAUGAAGCAGAAUGCGUUCCUUAGGACAGUGAUAGUGGAAAAUCUUACUCUUUGCCCCUCUUUGCCUCAGAAGGGGUUUCUCAGUUGGAGGGAUUCUGCCGGUUUGACACCAUAGUGCAGUGUUCUCCAAUCCAGUAGGGAGCAAAAUCGUGGACCGCUGCAGGUCCCCGAGGACCGGGUGGGGAAACAUCAUUGUGGACAGUGUGAAGAGCUGUGUGCUGAAGGUGUGCUUCUCUACAUCACCAGAUGCAGGGGAAAUUCCAGGGUUUUUUAAGGUGGGGGGCAUAAGAGGAGUCAUAAUUCAUACAGAGGGGCCAAACCUAUCCUUAGCCAAUGAUUUUGAUACAGCAUGAGCAUAAUUAGUGCUUUCACGCUAGUGGGAGGUGGGUGGUUCCCAGUGGGAGAUCUGGGGGGGUCCCAGAGUCCGCCAAAUGAGAGGAAACAUAUGACCAUCUAACAAGAUUCAGUGCUUACCGCUGCCCUCCCCCCUGACUACUUUCACCCCCAUUCUGAAAAUAUGGCUAAAUAAGGUUGGACGCUCCUGUCCUACAUCUUGUUCCCCUUUCACCUGAAGGUUAGGCUGCCCACCAGGGUCCCCAAGACCUCCGGCUGACCUGGAUCACUGGGAUGCUUUAUGUGUUGCCUUGGGGCGAAAGCCCCGAGGUCAGAGCCUGUAAGAGCAGAGGAAAAUUAGCAGGCCCAGACUGCGGCCCUGCGUCACGAAGCACGAAAACGGCAUAUGCCAGCUGCAGAGAAAAAGGUCUCUUCUCUUCCAGCCGCAGUAACCGCGGAGAUGACUCCGACAUUAAACGCGGCAUCAUGUCAUCGGAGACCUUAGCGGACAGCAGUGAUGCGCAGAUGGCUCAUUGCGUCCAUUUCGCCCAGAUUUAGGGGACUGCAGUCCCAGAACCAUGAAGCUGACCUUUGAUGACCCUGCUGUGGGAUGCAAGCCACAUACAACCAUGUACCUGCAGAUAAGGGGGGUUUUUGGAGUUGAGUGUCGGGUUCCUGACUCUCAAAGCUGGGGAGAAUGUUCACCAUACGGUGUUACGAUGAUCUCUGUCUCGUCGGCAAUGAGGAAAUCAGCCUUGGAGGAAGCUGACCAAGCUUACGUGAUGAUCUUCUCCCAGGAUGGCCAUAAACACGCCUUCAUUUCAUUUAGGGGAUGCUGUGUAACUCUGCGGGUUUGGUCUCUGUGCCCAUGAGGGGAAGGUGGACGGUUCACGGCUCACGGUCGGCAGAACGAUUUCGCCCUUGAGACCCUUAAUCUGAAUUGUUUUCACUCUGCCUUCCCAGUUGUAUGUAGCUUGGGCCAAAAGCAUCUGCUAAGAAAUGAAUUUGGUUUGAGUCUGUAUAUUGUAGCAACCCACUGAAGUGUGCAAAGUGUACGAGAGUCUGGUUUCUUGACUCUAGUCCCGGACGGGGCAUGGCUGUCUAUACCUUCGGCAAAGACCUGAAACGAUUGUGUGAAACACUGCCGUGUAGGUGCCCACAAUCACCAACGGAGUAGUGAAACGCUCCAUAUCUAAUGUGGCUUCCAGAAGAUCUGACUGGCUCUGUUCUCUUCUUUCUUUAGAAGGAAACGCCUUCUUGCAUUCUGGUGCAGCUUUUUGACCCACUGAUGUCACCGAGAUGCUAUGGACUCGUCGGCUUAAAGGAACGGCAGACGCCUUGAAGGCUGCCGAACAUCUCGCAGGCGUGUUGGUCAUAAUCUCAUAGUUUUACCAUUUACACUGUGCUGAUGGCUUCCAUACUUCCAGCUUUACACAUUCAUGUUGGCAAUUAACAGAUCAAGACGAUUUAAUUAAAGUUAAAUUGUUUCAACAUUUUUCAAGUUCAAAGGGUGAAUUUUUAAUUCUAUAAUUAUGCUGUUAACUUUUUAUGGCAAAAAUUGAUGACUCAUUUUUUCAAGAAAUGUCAGUUUAUUGUUGUUUUUUUGGCAUGAAUUAAUACAACAUGCUGUAUAUUCAAUGAAUGAGAUAUUAAGCUAUGAAUUUGAUCCAUUUUGUAAUAUACUAACCAGCAGUUCAGCUGUUUUAAUUUUUAUGUAACAUAAAGGGUCCUUUUUCAUCUAAGGUAAAAAGUUUGACCUACAGAGUUGUGUUCAUGAGUGAAUGUCUGUCUAAUUCUCAGUUUUAACAGGAAUCCCAUCUCUCUCUCUCUCUCUCUCUCACACACACACACACAUACACACACACACUCUCUAGCCAUGGUUAGCCCUAGACAAUUUACUACUAGAAUCAAAAUUCUUAUACCUGUAUAAAUGACUCCAGUAAAAAGCUACCGUUUCAUGAAUAUUGUAUUUCUCACUGGCUUUCAACUGUAAUUUCCAUUUACAUUUUUAUUGCCCUUCUGUGAAUAUAGUGCUAGGCGUCUGUAUUCAUAGAAGAAACUAUUUAUCAAAAGAACCCUUACAGCAGUCAGUUCAUUUCAGCGCGUCAUGACCAUAGCAGGAGCAUUUUUCUUAAAUGGGUUUUAGAAAUACUUUCUGAACUGAUUAAUGGUGAAUGUCAUUUCUGAUUUGUCACAGAUUUAUUUUGAGGAAUAAAACUGAGAUAUGACUUU